GGUCCCAUAGAGCUGGUCGACUCGACUCUGUCCACGUGUUUCGCGACGAAAUUUGCGCGGUUUACUUCACAAUGUCAAGAAAAGAUAAAAUUAUGGCUUUGGCUAUUUCAAAUACAAAAAAAUCAGAGUCUCUUAUUCGUGUGAAGCCAGCUAAUACUACCAAAAAUAAAAACUCUUUAAGUAGUUCGGAUGAUAAACAAGCCGCUCGAAAAAGUCCAAUCCUAACAGAUCUUGAUGAACUUUGGUCUCGCCCUCUGGAUUUUAACAAAUACCCAGCCAUAUUUGAAAAUCAAAAUGAAUACUGCAAUUCAUUUGAAAUAGUUCAAGAUCUUGAUCUAUUAUCUUUUACAAACAAUACGUAUGAAAACACUUUGCCAUCUACUCGUCAAUCUUUGAUAUGUUAUGAAAACCUUCCAGACUCUGACGAUGAUAGAUGUGACUCGACUGGUUUAUAUGACUCCGAUGACAGCGUCAAAGAUAAGGACUAUAACCCUAAAUCUCCAGAUUACAACUCAGAUUCGUCGAACAACAUUAAUGAAAAAGUACCAAUUACUGUCACAGUUGAUGCUGGCAAACAUACUGACUCUGUAGAGACUGACUCGGUUUCAUCAUACGAUUGCAAUGAAACAAGACAUGUUAGUAUAAUAGUUAAUGCUGAGAUACAUGACGAGAGAGAGAGAAAAAACACGCGGAAUGGUCACGAAAUGAAUAACAACAAUAGAUAUUUUAAAACUAACCAUAAUGUGAUAGAAACGGAUGAUAUAAUAGAAUUAGAAAAUGUUGAUACUCAAAGUAUACAGAAUCAAAUGGAGGAUACUGAUUUUGUGGAGUCUGCUAUUGAAAAGGGCGAUAUCGAAACAUCAUCUAAUGUACCAGAGUGUGAAAAAGGAUUGACGAAAUUGGGUUUGCCAAGGAAGAGGCGUAAGUUUGAAGAGUCACUUCAUGAACGAAAAAGGCAAAAAAAAGAAGCUGCAGAUGAAAAACUGACAUUAAAACCACCAUGUACUGAGAAAUGUCGUAAAAAAUGUACAACAAAGUUUACAGAAGGUAUGAGAAAACAAAUACACGAUAGAUAUAUAAAUUUAUGUUGGGAAUCGAGAGGACUAUUUAUAAAAGGCCACGUAGAGUCACGAAAUGUAAGAACACGGACAAAACAGAACGAUAAAAAAAGAUCGAGCCGUGUCUCAUUUCUACUAUCUUUACACCGAUAA